GUGAAAUUGCCUGUCGUGUGAUUCGUACUGCUAAAAAAUUAGGAAUAAAGACUGUUGCAGUCUACAGCGAAGCAGAUAAACAUUCAUUACAUGUUAAAAUGGCGGAUGAUGCAUAUCUAAUUGGACCUGCACCUUCUUCAGAAAGCUAUUUAAAUAUUGAAAAAAUAAUUGCUGUGGCCAAAGAAAGUGGUUCACAGGCUAUUCAUCCAGGAUAUGGGUUUUUAUCAGAGAAUCCGAAAUUUGCAGAAUGUCUCGCAAAUGAAAACAUUGUAUUUAUUGGUCCACCAGCAUCAGCAAUGAUUUCUAUGGAUAUCAUGAUUGCUGCUAAUGUUCCUGUCGUUCCAGGAUAUCAUGGAACAAAUCAAGAUCCUCAAUUCCUUAAGGAACAAGCUUCAAAAAUUGGUUAUCCUGUUUUAAUUAAAGCUAUAAAAGGUGGUGGUGGAAAAGGAAUGCGUAUUGUUAAUGAUUCAUCUGAAUUCGAAAUUCAACUUGAAUCUUCUAAAAGAGAGGCUAUAAAAUCUUUUGCUGAUGAUCAAGUUCUUAUUGAAAAAUAUCUUGAAACUCCACGUCAUGUUGAAGUACAAGUUUUUGCUGAUACACAAGGAAAUGUUGUACAUCUUUUUGAAAGAGAUUGUUCUGUUCAAAGAAGGCAUCAAAAGAUUUUGGAAGAAGCUCCUGCACCAGGAUUAAGUAAAGAAAUAAGGCAAGAACUUGGUGCAAAAGCUGUCGCCGCAGCUAAAGCUGUUAAUUAUGUUGGUGCUGGUACCGUUGAAUUUAUAAUGGACAAUAAAGACAAACGAUUCUAUUUUAUGGAGAUGAAUACAAGAUUACAAGUUGAACAUCCUGUGACAGAAAUGGUUACUUCUACAGAUUUAGUUCAAUGGCAAUUGGAGGUAGCUUCCGGAAAUCCAUUACCCAUGAUGCAAGAUGAACUUAGUCUUGAUGGUCAUGCUUUUGAAGCUCGUAUAUAUGCUGAAAAUCCAGAAAAUAAUUUUCUCCCUGAUACUGGACCAUUACUUCAUAUUCGUACACCACCAACUUCAUCAAAUGUUCGACUGGAGACUGGUUUUGAGCAAGGAGAUGAGAUUAAUGUUUACUAUGAUCCUAUGAUUGCAAAAUUAAUUACCAAGGGCACAAAUCGUACAGAAGCAUUACGCAUGUUAAGAAAAGCCUUGCAAGAAUAUGAAAUUGUUGGAUUAAGUACAAAUAUAGAAUUUUUGAAAAGAAUAGUUUCUCAUCCUGCUUUCAUACAAGGAGAUGUUGAAACUGGAUUUAUUGCGAAACAUGAAAAAGAAUUAUUUGCACCUAAUCCAGAAGUAUCAUCUUAUGUUAUUGCUCAAGCUGCUUUGUCAUUAAUCUUGAAGGAGCAUCAAGAAUUAAAGAAAGCUGCUAUCAGAUCAUUUGGUACUAUUUUGCAUAAUUUAAUUAAAUAUGAGCAUGUUACUGGUCAUUGGGAUGAAAUAGAAAAGCAGAUUAUAGCAAAUAUUGGUGGUAUACGGUUUAAAAGUCAUAUCAUAAUAGAAAAAAAUAAUAGAUUAAUUAUCUUCGAUCAAGAUGGAAAAGUAGUCUUACAUAUCCCAGAACCUUUAUAUCUUAGUUCAGGUGUUUUAGAUAUGGCACAUUCUAUUAAAACGCCAAUGCCAUGCAAAAUUUCUCAGGUACUUGUUCAACCUGGGCAAACAGUUGAAAAGGGAAUGCCUUUAUUGGUGUUAGAAGCAAUGAAAAUGGAGCAUAUAGUAAAGUCACCAUUUACUGGCAAGAUUGAAAAAGUGUAUUAUAACGUUGGUGAUUUAGUUGAAGAAAAUAAAGAACUGGUUGCUUUUGCUGAAGAAUGA